CAUCGCCGCACGUUCGCUGCAGCCUCCUAGUCCGCCUCUUUCCCAGCAGUGUUUGACCUUAAACUCGCACGCCUGUUCUCCUUGGCCGGCAUUUGUGUUCUCUCUCUCACUCUCUCUCUCUCUCUCUCUCUAUCGAGCGUGGCUGGCAGCAGACUGCAGCAAGCGAAAUUCUACGGCGUGGAAGAAGGAAAGAUGGACUGGUCGGCAAAGAUGCCGCCGCCGCGGCCGCUGCUGCUGCUGCUGCUGCUGCUGCUGCUGCUCUUGUGCGGCUUGAGCGUCGCGUCUGGACAAACUGAUAGGUACUACUCGAUCGUGGCACCGCGGGUCGUCCGGCCCAACUCCGACUACCACGUGGCCAUGAGCAUCGUCGGCGCAUCGCAGCCCACGCCUAUCUUCGUCGAGGUAUCGGCGCAACUGGACAGCGGCAGUCCCUUCAACGUGUUCGACACCAUCGUUGUCGAGCCCUACGCGACCCGCAUAGUCAGGCUCCAGAUCGGCGAUGUAGGCGCGGGCAAAUAUCAACUACUGGCUCGUGGAGUCGGCGACUUUCAAUUUCGCAACUCGACCGAGCUCGAUUACGUCGCCAAGAGUUACUCGGUAUUCAUCCAGACCGACCGCGCUGUUUACAAACCCGGCAGCAAAAUUCAGUUCCGGUGCAUCGUCCUCGACUCAAGGCUCAGACCUCCACCUGACUCGCAACUCGAUGUCUACAUCACGGACGGCCAAGGCAACCGAAUAAAGCAGUGGAAAAAGCCGAGGCUGCACCAAGGAGUGUUCGCGGGAGAACUAGAGUUGUCGCGGUCGCCGGUGCUGGGCGACUGGGAGAUCGUCGGCGUCGUCAGCGGCCAGACGACGAAGAAGGUCAUACAGGUCGCCGAGUACGUGCUGCCCAAGUUCGAGGUGACCAUCGACGCGCCUGUCCACGCCACCUUCAAGGAGGGCAAGAUCAACGUUGUCGUUCACGCCAAGUACACGUACGGCAAGCCGGUGAAGGGCGAGGCCACAGUGACGGCAUUCCCGGACAUCUACUCGUCGGUGAUACAGCCGAUCUAUCAGAAUCCCGUACGUAAAGUGGUGCCGAUCGACGGGAAAGCCUCGGUGGACUUUGACAUCUUCCAAGAUCUGAGGGUGACGGACGACGACUACAGGCGACCGGUAGUGAUCGAGGUGGCGGUCGAGGAAGCGGUGACCGGCAGACGACAGAACAGCUCGAUGCAGAUCACCCUGCACAAGCACAAGUACACGAUGGAGCUGCUGAGAACGGCCGAAUACUACAAGCCUGGCCUCAAGUACACGGCCUUCCUGAAGGUGACCUACCACGACGGCACGCCCGUGCAGGACAACACCAAUCCCGUGCACGUCUCCUACGGCUACACCUACGACCAGGACAGUCUCGACAACGCGACGAGGAUGCUCGACAAGAACGGCAUGAUCGAGCUCGACUUCUACCCGGCGCUCGUGCCCGAGAACGUCUACCGACCACUGAGGAUCGAGGCGCAGUACUUGAACCUGCACGAGUGGUUCCCGUCGACCAGUCCCGCCACUUCGCGCAGCGACAGCUACAUCCAGGCGACGCUGCGCUCCGAGAGGCCCAAGGUCGGCGAUUACGUGGACAUCGACGUCAACUCCACCAGCCCGCUGCAGUACCUCAGCUAUCAGGUCCUCGGUCGCGGGGACGUGCUUUACGCAGCGUCGAUUCAGAUUGCCGACAGGCACACCGCCACCUUCCAGUUUCUCGCUACCUACGUAAUGGCUCCUGUCGCCCACGUGCUGGUCUACUACGUCAAGCCGGACGGUGAGCUGGUCGCGGACUCUCUGGACGUGGAGCUCGGCGGCACUCUGCAGAACUUCGUCGACAUCAGGACGGUGGCGGACGAGUUCGAGCCCGCGGACAACGUUACGCUGACGAUCAGUGCCAAGCCCAAUUCGUACGUCGGCCUGCUGGCCGUCGAUCAGCGAUCCAUCCUGCUCAAGUCCGGCAACGACCUCACCCACGACCAGGUGCGCAAGGAACUCAUGUCGUACGACACCAACGAGUCCGCUUUCUACGGUGACGAGGGCUACGCGCACGCAUGGGUCAGACCCGGCUCGGCGAGCACCGACGAGGUUUUCCGCAAAACUGGAUCCGUCGUUCUGACCAACGGCUACGUGCACGAGAAUCCCCAACUGAUGCUGGAGGACGCCAACAGGUUGAGGAAUCCAAAUCAGGGCCUAUCGAUCUCGACAAUACGACCCGACAUUGGUCCACCAGUCAAAUACCAAUUCCCAACCAGACCCGGAUGGGCGGGUCGCUGGGCAUUCUCUUACGUGCCGCUCACGGCUCGCAGGCCACGCGUUUUCCUUAUGCAUGACAUCUCUGACACUUGGCUUUUCGCAAACAUGUCUUCAGGGCACGAAGGUGAAACUGUAAUCAGGCGAACCAUGCCUGACACCAUUACAUCCUGGGUUUUGUCCGGUUUUUCCGUCAACGCAGCUUCCGGAUUGGGUCUCAUCGAGGCUCCGAGAAAAAUAAAAGCCUUUAAGCCGUUUUUCGUGUCGCUGAACUUGCCUUACUCCGUGAUUCGCGGCGAAAUCGUCGCGAUACCGGCUGUAGUGUUCAACUACAUGAACAAAGAUCUGAACGUCGAGGUGAAGCUCGAGCACAGCGACGAGUACGAGUUCGCUGAAGUAUCCAACGAAGUUCAUGACACCAAACAGUACGAAUUGAGCCGAGUAAAGAAGAUAUUCGUGCCGGCCAACACUGCGAAGAGCGUGUCGUUCAUGAUUAUCCCAACGAAGCUGAAUUACAUCACGAUCAAAGUGAAGGCAACUAGCGUGAUGGCCGGUGACAUCGUGCAGCAUUCGCUUCUGGUUAAGGCCGAAGGAGAAACGCAGUACAGAAACAAAGUCGUGUUUGCCGAUCUGAGAGAGCAAGAUUCAGUCAAGGCCAAUGUCACUGUCGACAUACCGAAAUACUUCGUGGCUGAUUCGGAGUACGUCGAAGUGUCAGCAGUGGGUGACAUUUUGGGACCAAGCAUACCGAAUCUAGCGAAGCUGUUGAAAAUGCCAUUUGGUUGUGGGGAACAGAACAUGCUCAACUUCGUGCCAAAUAUUGUGAUUUUAGAAUACUUACAGAAUACCAAUCAAUUAUCCCCAGCGAUCGAGAACAAAGCUAUAAGGUAUCUGGAAACUGGUUACCAGCAAGAGUUGACGUACAGACACAAAGACGGCUCGUUCAGCGCAUUCGGCAAGUCCGAUCCAAGCGGCAGCACAUGGCUCACGGCUUUCGUCGCCAAGUCGUUCCACCAAGCCAAGGAUUACAUCACGGUGGACGAUGAAGUAGUGUCCGAGGCACUGAAAUGGCUGGCCGAGAAGCAGGCAGCGAACGGCAGCUUCCCGGAGGUGGGCACGGUCAGUCACCGUGACAUGCAGGGUGGCGCGGCCAAAGGCCUCGCGCUCACCGCUUACGUGCUCACGGCCUUCCUCGAGAUCGAGGACGGAGCCAACGGCCGCUACAGGAAUGCCAUCUACAAGGGCAUCGACUACGUCGUGCGCAACAUGCAGUCGCUCGACGACAACUACGCCCUGGCGAUCUGCACCUACGCGCUGGGCUUGGCCCGCAACACCUACGAGGACGACGCCUUCAGGAGCCUCGAGGCGCGCGCCACCACCAAGGAAGACCUCAAGUGGUGGAGCAAGCCGGUGCCCGAGGAGGACAAGAAGAACCCCUGGUUCUCGCUGUCGCGCGGCGUCGACGUCGAGAUGACCUCCUAUGCCCUCGUGUCGUACGUCAGGCGGGGCAUGCUCACCGACGCCACCUCCAUCAUGAAGUGGCUCGUCAAGCAGAGGAACGUCGAGGGAGGCUUCGCUUCCACGCAGGACACGGUUGUGGGACUGUUCGCCUUGUCCAAGCUGGCCGAGAAGCUUAGAACGAGCAUCUACGACGUGACCGUAAAGAUCGCCACCGACCAGGGGGAACAGAGGGAAAUCCACAUCAACUCGCAGAACUUCAUGAUCGUGCAGAAGCACGUGCUGCUCGGAAAGACUCGGGCGAUCAACCUGACGGCCAGCGGGACCGGAUUCGCUCUCGUGCAACUCACGUCUCGCUACAACCUCAACGUCACCGGAGCUUUCCCGCUUUUCACUCUGGAUCCGCAGGUCGACACCAUUUCUACCGCUGACCAUCUGCAACUUUCCAUCUGUUCAGGAUUCAUCCCAACCAGGGAGGCAAACGAGAGCAACAUGGCCGUUAUGGAAGUGAGCUUGCCGACGGGCUUCACCGUCGAUCAAGAUGCCUUGCCGAGCUUAGAGCUAUCGAAGCACGUCAAGAGAGUGGAAACGAGAAACGGCGACACCAUGGUCGUCUUGUACUUUGACAAGAUGACUCGAGAGGAGUACUGUCCUACGGUGUCGGCUUACCGGACGCACAAGAUAGCCAAGCAAAAGCCCAUUCCCGUGUCGAUAUACGACUACUAUGACUCAUCGAGGCGAGCGCGAGUGUUCUACGAGCCGAAAAUGAAGACGCUCUGCGACAUCUGCGACGGCGAGGAGUGCGGCGACGUGUGCAGCAUCAACGCCGGCAAACGGCAAGACGACCCAUUAUCAUCGACUUCCUCGUCCACGUCGCUACUCGCUAGCAUUGCUGUUGUCUUUACCUGUGUCUUCCUGUCGUCCUCCGACUCCCGUCGCUCUUUUCUGUAAAUUCACGCAUUCGACUUUUGAUAACAAAAUCAAAAUUUAGCACGCGAACCAAUAUCACUUUCUCUUAAUGUGCGUGUGUGCGUUAUGUUGUGAUGCUCACGUGAGGGUAUAUAACGAGUCAUAACCAAAGUGCUUCUUAUUUAUGCGAGAGAUUUUGUGUAAAGAUAUUAUAUAUUAUAUACAUUCAAGGAUAGAUUUUUUUACUAUUUUUUUUGUUUUAUGUAACGAGUCCGAUUAUAUUUGUCGAUAUUUUAUUUUAUUUUCAUGAGCAUACUAUUAAAAAGCAAACCGAUGCUAUUUAAUGUAAUAUUGUACAAGUAUGUGGUUGGUGCUUUAUAACCAUGUAGUAUUUGCAUUUCGAGAAAAUUUUAAAUGUUAACGUUAAUUUGAAAGACUCUAAAAAUAUACGUAGAUUUUCAUACGCUGAGAUGUUUAUGAAUUAUUUAUAAUUGAAUGUAUCAUCAAUGUUAAUUUAUAUGUCUUUAUGUAUAAUGAAAAAUGUUUUUUUUAAUCAUACUCAAUAAUAAAAUAGUUUUAAUAUUUUAUGAUAUUUCGGUCAUUACUCUUUCACAUCCAAAUCACUUUUAAUUAUUUGUAAAAACAAUAUUGUUUUAUUAAAUAUAAUGGAAUUUUAAAGUACUUAGAAUUUCUCAAUUUAUCACAAUACAUGCGAAAACAAUAUUUUGAAUUUUCAAUAAAAUAGACACUUCCAAAAUGGAAGAUGUUUUGUACCUAUUAGAAAUCGACAUCUGCUAAUCACCGAUGCGAAGACAGCCCGACACAAAUAACAUUUUAGAAAAAAAAAUGAUCACAUCUCACGUAUGUCUAAUUGUACUUCUCGAAAAAAUAAUUAUUUAUUAUUGUACCAUUAUAUUUCUCAUAAAAAAUAAGAAAUAUCCUUAUCGAUAUUUCACCUCCUAUUUAUAUAGUAGCGGUGCAUUCAGUCAGGUUCAGAACGGAAUAGUGAUGGACGAUUUUAAUCG